UGAAUUCAAGACUAUUUAUUCAAUUGAAGUCCAGGCCUACUGUAUUUUCUCGUCAGACGUCUUGGUUACCACGCCUAGAUACUAUCUUCCCUUGUAGGACUAACACACACACGACUGCCAGAGCUAAACUCCCUAUACCAUCUCCUCUGACAUCACGACAAUCGCAUAACAUGGCAGACGAUGCACCCGGCGGAGGAAGUCCCCUGCCCAAUCCCGGCGUCGGUCUCGGGUCAGUCGAGAAAUACCCCAAAGAACUUGCAUGGCAAACCCGGCCUCCGUAUCGCGUCGUCUCGCGCGACGAGUUUGGUGAAGUGAAAUGGAAAGGUGGAUGCCACUGCGGCCGGGUCACCUACGAGGUGAACAGGGAGCAACCGUUGAAGGCCAAAUAUUGCCAUUGCCGGGGAUGUCAAGUGGUGCAUGGUGCACCCUUUCAGUGGGCUGCCAUCUUCCAGAAAUCCGACAUCUCGUUCAUCAAUGGGGCAGAUGGCCUCGCAUUCUAUGCCUCUGAUCGCAAGACGACCAAGUACGAGCUUCCCACCAAAGUGUCGUGUGCGUACUGUCGGACCCCGAUCAUGGACGAGGGAAGGAACAUGUGCCUUCUCUUCCCCGGGACGAUCCACUUUGGUGAUUCGCAGGAGGAGCAAGACGCAUGGAUGAAAGCGUUUGAAAUAAGUUGCCAUAUAUUUUACAGCCAGCGGUCUCUCAAUAUCCUCGACGGCAAGCAAAAGUGGUCAGGAAUGGAUGAGAAUAGCGACCUUGUCGACGACUAUGGGAAGAAGGUAUGAUACUCACACUUGAGUAGUCAUACAGGCACGAAGGAUAUUUAUCAUGUAACAAAAUUGUUGGGAUUGAACUCAUGGGCAUAGUUUGUGAGGGCAUAUGUAUUAUUAAAUCAAGCAUUGAUAUCAAGGACAGACUGGGCAAUUGCAGAAGCUAUUAAUCACAUAUAA